UCUCUGUCUCUCCCUCUAUGUUUCCAUAUCGAUGUGUAUAUUCUUUUCUCUGUCUCGUCUUCUUCUUCUUCUUCUUCUUCUCUUACUCUGUUUCUUCAAAAAAAAAAGAAACUCAAUCUUCAGCUUAGUUAUCCGCGUAUGUGUGCAUCUCUGUUUUUCUUAUUAACGGCAUAUUUUGAUUGGAAAAGAAAGAAAAAAAAAUGAUUUUCGGAUUCAUUAUUGAUGGGCUCACCCGUAUACGUUUUGUGGGGUAAAUAUUAAAGCCUCAAAAGAUAAAUCUUGAUAAACUUUCAAGAAGUCAGAGAAGAAAGCUUAUGCAUCAUCAUCAUCAUUAUCUAGUUUCUUGGUAUAACGAUGAACAUGGUUAUUGCAGAAACAGCUGAUCUCUGUUUAAUGGUGAGCUUGACGAUGGAAGAGAAGCAGUUAGAUUUCAACCGCCCGCUUCUAUCAGUUAGACGUCCCACACAAGCUUCAGAGUCCGAGAGCAAACCAAGAUCUUCUUCUGAUCCACUAACCAACAAGAUCCCUCCUCCUUCUUCUGCUUCUCCACCGGUUUACAAGUCUGAUAUCAAGUCAGGUCCCGUAAGGAACCCAGGAACCGUCCCUUUCCAAUGGGAGCACAAACCGGGAAAACCGAAAGACGAAACCAAACCGGAUUCAUCGCAAAGCUUCGUCGAGCCGCCACGUUAUGUGCCAAAGCUUCCUCCUGGGAGGAGAGUUAGACAACGAGAAGAAGCAUCAUCAGUGAGGAAACGUGAAACUAGAGUGGAGGAGGAUGAUGCAAAGAGUUGUUGUGAUGCUGCAGCCGAUACGCUUUCUAGGUCUGAGUCGUUUUUCUACAACUGUAGUAAUGUGAGUGGUGAUGGUGGGACGCUAGUAGAGCCGUUUGGAGCCUUGUCUAGUGAUAGACAGACACAGGAUCUAAUGAUGGGGAGGUUCUUGCCUGCGGCUAAGGCCUUGACUUCAGAGACACCUCUUUCUAGGAAACCUCCCAAGCCAGAGGAACCGGUUAAGGAGAAACAGAACAAAGCUGGGGAUCAGAUGAUUUGCUUGAGAAGCUCUUUUGGAGUGAGCGGUGUUUCUGUUCGCCGUAUGCGUUCUAAGUAUCAAGAUUCUAAUGGAUCAGUUGCACAGGAGGGUGGGUCAUCAUUAGCAGUUGAAAGCUCUUGCACUUCACGCACUAGAGUCAGCAGAAACUUUGGUCAGCUCUUGGCUAGUGAUGAUAAUACAUGGAAACCUUCUUCUGAUGCUCCUGUGGUUGCAGAGAAAACUCUGUAUGUGGAUACUGUGCAUUCACUAGACAAGAAGGUACAAGAAGACACCAAGGAGCUUUCUUCACUAGAUGCUGUUGUUCCUGUUAAAGAAGAAGUUCAGAACUUGAUUGGACCCGGUGAAGAAGCCACCGAGCAAAGUGUCACUGGAGAUGAGGCUCUCACUGGAUUCUCAAGUCUUGAUCAAGCCAAUGUGGUAGUGGAGAUUGCAAAGGAGAAGAUUGAUCUUGAAGCCAAGUUGGAGAGAAAGUACACAGCGAUGAAUCACGAAAGUUCUAGGCUUCACCAACGUUCAAGUUAUCAUAUUGUGCCACCACCACCGUUACCAAAAGCUCCUUCAGAUUCUUGGUUGAAGCGUACGUUGCCAACAAUCCCAACAAAGAACAACUCAUUCACAUGGUUACAGUCUCUUGGAGCUGAUAGUAAUAAGAUUAAUCAAGCAAGUCCUAAGUGGGAAACUAUGGUCAAAACCUCCAAUAAUACACAGCAAGGGUUUGUGUGCUUCUCCAAGGAAACACUCAACCCUAUACCAGAGGCGUAGCAUGAUCUGUAUGUUUUACGCACACCAAAUUACUUGUAAAUUUCAACAAUAAAAGAUGGGAUGAGCCAAUAAAGUUUGGGGAUUUUUAGUUUUAAAUCAUGAAAUAAAAGGUUCCUAAAAAGCUAUGGAUAUAAAUGUCUCAUUUCAUUUGUUGGGGUUGUACAGCUAACAGAGAAUUUAUGGCAAUAAUACUCCAUAAUUCCACGUGACACUAUUUCUUUUGCCCUUCUGUA